AUGACUGAAAAGGAGAAUGGGAGCAAGCGACACCGAAUAGUGAUGGCUACAGUGGUGGCUUGGUGUGGGCGUUGUCCUGAAAUUGCGGAAAUUAAUGAAGAGUCUCGUGUGAACUUGUCUAAUUCUGGAGGCAUGAAUGAGUCUGAGGAUCCGGAUGAUAUCUCAGGUAAUUAUGAUGGAGAUGAUGUGGUCAAUAAUGAGGAGGGCCAGCAACAGUGCAAGUUAAUUCCCGAGUUGAGCAUUGAUGAAAUUAGGGAGCUGGAGUUUUUGUCUGAGCAAGAUGCCAUUGAGUUUUACCAGCACUAUGCCCAGUUUAAAGGUUUUGGGGUUAGGAAGGAUGACGUUCGGCGCGAUGCAAAGGGUGAUGUUAUUAGUCGCCAGCUUGUUUGUAAUAGGGAGGGUGAGAGACAUGAGAAACAUUUGAAAAAGGUUAGUCGAGUGAAAGAGGCUAAGCCAAUUACCAGAGUAUCAUGCCAAGCUAAAUUUCGUGUACGUUUCGAGGCAAAGUCUAAGAAGUGGAGGGUUUUUUAUUUUGAACCUGAGCACAAUCAUGAUUUAACACCGGCUCAGCAAGUUCAUUUAAUCCCGAUAUUCAGGGAAUUGACUAAUGGUGACAAGGCUCAAGUUGACACACUAAAGCUGUAUGGCGUGAGGAGUUGCAACAUAAUGGGUCUCAUGAUGGGACAAAAAGGAGGUCAUGAUUCAGUUGGUUUUUUGAAAAAGGACUUGUACAACCAUGUUGAUAAGAAUAAAAGGAUAAGUUUAGGUGCUGGUGAUGCUGCUGGUUCAUUAAACUAUUUUACGCGGAAAGGGGAGAAGGAUUCUAUGUUCUAUUUCAAUCGUCUUGACUACCAAGCUUUUGGAGAUGUAGUAGUGUUUGACAGCACUUACAAAAAGAACAAGUACAACAAGCCUGUUGUUAUAUUUUCUGGUUACAAUCAUCACAAGGAGACUACCAUUUUUGCCUGUGCAUUGGUUUCUGACGAGACCGUGGAUACUUACAAGUGGGUUUUGCAGAGAUUGGAAGGAGCUAUGUUUGGGAAGCAUCCUAAAGCUUUCGUGACAGAUGGAGAUAAAGCUAUGCGUGAGGCUAUAAAGGUUGUGUUUCCAAAUUCAACCCACAGCCUUUGUGGAUGGCACAUUCAGCAAAAUGCAGUUAAGAAAAUUCAUUUGGCUAAUUUCUUAGAUGACUUUAACUAUUUGAUCUUUGGUAAUUUCAGUCCUCAGCGGUUUGAAUCAAAGUGGGAGUCUAUGGUUGAAAAGUAUGAUCUUGGUGAGGACAAAUGGAUUAAACAAAUGUAUGAAACAAAGGAGAUGUGGGCUGCUGCAUUUAUGAGAGCGAGAUUUUUUGCUGCCAUUAGGACUACCUCGCUAUGCGAAGGUAUCAACUCUUUCAUUAAGAACUAUGUGUCGUGCAAAAAUAGCAUGCUGGAUUUCACUUAUAAUUUUGAGAGAGCUUUGGAAGAGUAUAGGCACAAUGAGUUAUCCUCUGACUUUAGGUCAUGUUAUGGGGAGCCUGUGUUAACCACUGCUUUGAGUGGCAUUGAACAAGGAGAUGCAAAACUGUUGACCAGAAAUAUGUUUAGGGAAGUCAGGCAUGUCAUGGAACAAGCUUUGAGCCUUAACCUUGUUGAAAGGUCAGAGGUUUGCAACACUAUAAUGAUAAAGCUGAGUGUGUGUGGCAGGUCCAGUUCUCAAUUCUUGGUUGUUUAUGAUAAGAAUCAGAUUACAUUUGAGUGUGAUUGUGGGCUAUCUGAUUUUAAGGGCAUUCCUUGUUCUCACAUCAUAUGUGCUAUGAGGAUUGAGGACUUCACCACAUUUCUUGCAUCUCUUGUUUCCAACCGGUGGUUGAAGACUGCGAAGGUGGAUUUCAUACACACAAUACCCUCCAUUGAGUUUGAUUCUGAAAAAGUGAAAUUGUUGCGUAGAGAUGCCAUUUCAGCUGCAUGCAAUUUUCUUAGUGAAUACGCCGCUGAUGAUGCUUCAGAUUUUUCAGUCUUAAUUGAGGAUAUAUACAAACUGGUAUCGAAAGUUCAGAAACGUCGUCAUCUGAAAUCUACUGAACGAAAUUUAUUUGUGAUUCGUGAUCCUAUUGUUGUGAGAACCCGAGCUGCACGAAAGAAGUUGAAGACUAAGAAGAAGAAAAGACUCUGUUCUAAUUGCAGAAAGAGUGGCCACACAAUCAGGACAUGUCCUACAUUAUUUGAGGGCGUCGGAGAUGAUGAAGGAGAUUCAUCAGUUGAGCUGGAUGAUGAUAGCAUUACUGAAAAUACUGUGGUGUCAUUAGCAGGAGGAGAUAAUGGAGGUUCUACUUCAAGGCAUAUAGGCAAAGCUAAAAGAAAGGUUGGAGAUAAUGACAAUGUUGGUAGUUUGGAAGCUAAUGAACGCGAUGUCUUAUCACCAGCAGCAAGUCCACAAAUUGAUGUUGCAGGUCCUCUACUGAAUUUUUGGGAUGGAAUGAAUAUGUUUCCUCAAUUUCCCCCAACUAGCCAGAUUUUCCAUUCGUUCCCGCCAUAUUCCUUUUUCCCUUCUUCUAGUGGAAGUCAGCAGUUUUUGUCCACUAUUCAUGAGGUUGAGAGGAGAGCAAAGAUGGCAAAGAAGGAUUAG